AUGAGGCUGUUGGUCAGCGAGGGCAGCCCCGGCGGGCUCAAGGUGCUGGCGGCAGCCAAGGCCACCGACGCACCGGUAGAGAUCCAGUGGGUCCCGCAUGACGCUGCUGUGGUUCCGUUCCUCACCCACCCAUGGGUGCCAGCACUGCAGUUCAAAGAAGGGUCCUUCCUCUUCUCCCCAAAUGCAAUUUGCCAGUACUUCUUCUUUUUGUCCGGAAAAGAGAUGGGCGAUUUUACCCAGGCGCAGGGCAAUUUUGCCAAUCAGUUGUUUGAAUGGGAAGCGACUGAGCUUCAGCCUGCUGUGUCCUCUGCCUUGUAUCAUCAUGUGGUGCAUGGAAAGAAAGGAGAAGAGGUUUUGGAGAUUGUCUGGCAGCUGCUGAGCUACAUUGAUCAGACUCUUACCAAAAAGAAUACUCCUUAUCUUAAUGGGGACGCUGAGUCAGCAGUCGACCUUGUCUUCUGGGGAGCCCUCUUUCCUCUGCUGCAGGACGGAGCCUUACUGCCAGAUGGCCUGAAAUUCCUGAGGGACUGGUUCCAGAAAAUGAACCUGAAGGAACAUUGCAAGAAGACUGUCGAAACUGUGUGGACCCGCAAAGGAGUACAGGAGCUGAAGGCCUACCUACAGAAGCAGCCUGCUCCCGCCCUGGCCUUUGAGAAGCCCGCCACCAAUGAGCCAAAGGAGGAAGAAUCUCUUCAGCGCCUGUCUGAGGAGGAGAUCACGGCGGUCGCGGAAGUCUGGAGCAGAGGGGCAGCUGCCCUCCCCAAGGCCUGGAAGCCGCAGCAGCCUGUAAUGCCCGUGGAAGGCAUGAGGAAUGUGCUGAUCACCAGUGCACUGCCUUAUGUCAACAACGUGCCCCACCUUGGGAACAUCAUUGGUUGCGUCCUCAGCGCGGAUACUUUUGCUAGGUACAGCCGUCUGCGCAACUGGAACACGCUGUACUUGUGCGGCACUGAUGAAUACGGCACGGCCACUGAGACCAAGGCCGUGGAGGAGGGGCUGACGCCCCAGCAGAUCUGCGACAAGUACCACGUCGUCCAUGCCCAGAUCUACCAGUGGUUCAACAUCUCCUUCGACUACUUCGGCCGCACCACGACGCCCCAUCAGACCACGAUAGCCCAGAGCAUCUUCCAGCAGCUGCUGGAACACAAUUACCUGCUGACGGAGACGGUGGACCAACUCAAGUGUGAACACUGUGACCGGUUCCUGGCUGACCGCUUCGUGGAGGGCAUCUGCCCAUUCUGCAGCUAUGAAGAAGCCCGUGGGGACCAGUGUGACAAAUGCGGCAAAUUGAUCAAUGCCACUGAACUCAAGAAACCGCUGUGCAAAGUCUGCCAGAGGACUCCCGUGGUGAAGCCUUCCCAGCACCUCUUCCUGGACCUGCCCAAGCUUGAAGACCGUUUGGAGAAGUGGCUGACCUCAUCCCAGUCCACCGGGGACUGGACCCCCAACGCCAGGUUCAUCAGCCGGGCCUGGAUCCGUGACGGGCUCAAGCCCCGUUGCAUCACACGCGACCUGAAAUGGGGUACGCCGGUCCCGUUGGAUGGGUUCCGUGACAAGGUGUUCUAUGUCUGGUUCGAUGCUCCUAUUGGCUAUCUGUCCAUCACAGCCAACUACACCGACCAAUGGGAGAAAUGGUGGAAGAAUCCGGAGCAGGUUCAGCUUUACAACUUCAUGGCAAAAGACAACGUCCCCUUCCACAGCGUCGUGUUCCCUUGCUCAUUACUAGGUACCGAGGACAACUAUACUUUGGUCAGCCACCUCAUUGCGACAGAAUACCUGAAUUACGAGGAUGGCAAAUUCUCCAAGAGCCGCGGCAUCGGGGUCUUCGGGGACAUGGCCAAAGACACGGGCAUCCCCGCGGACAUCUGGCGCUUCUACCUGCUCUUUGUGCGGCCCGAGAGCCAGGACAGCGCCUUCUCUUGGAGCGACCUCAUGCUGAAAAACAAUUCGGAGCUGCUCAACAACCUGGGCAAUUUUGUCAACAGAGCUGGAUCGUUUGUGUGCAAGUUCUUCGGAGGACGUGUUCCCGACAUGGAGCUGAACCAGGACGACAAGCGCCUGCUAGCUCACAUCACUGUGGAGCUGCGGCAGUACAACCAGUUGUUGGAGAAGGUCCGCAUCCGUGACGCCCUGCGCAGCAUCCUGAGCAUCUCUCGCCAUGGCAACCAGUAUCUCCAGGUCAAUGAACCCUGGAAACGCAUCAAGGGCAAUGACACGGACAGGAAGCGGGCGGGCACGGUGAUUGGUGUGGCUGUCAACAUCUCCGCCCUGCUGUCGAUCAUCGUCCAGCCGUAUAUGCCCAGCGUGAGUGCUGCCAUCCAAGGGCAGUUGCGCCUUCCUGCUGAUUACAACGUCGUGACCAAUGACUUCAUCUGCACCUUGCCAGCCGGGCACCAGAUUGGAACAGUGACCCCCCUCUUCCAGAAGCUGGAGAGCGAACAAAUAGAAAACCUGCGGAAGCGCUUUGGCGGUGGCCAGCUUGAAGACUUCCUGUUGAAGCCAAAGGAUAACUACGUGCAGCAGCUGAAAGCCCAAAAAGGAGAGAAGAAACAGACUGAUGCUGCAUCUUCAAAGUUAACACAACUGCAGAAGCAGCUCUGCUUGGCAGAAGGAAAGAACCCUGCCCCUCAGGCCCCCAAGGGAAAAGUGAAAAAAUGAGUUUGCGUGGAGCU